GGAAAGGCUUCCAAAAGAUCGUCGCUGUGAAGGCUUCCAAAAGAUCGUUGCUGGUGUGCGUAGACAUUCAUUAGGCAUGGAGAGAUCCAAGGAAGAGGAGCUCCAGGAGCUUUUAGCCUCAUGCUCCCAAUUUGAGCAAUUCCUGUUUUUCACCCUUCGGGAUCAGGUGUCUAAAGACAAGACCACCGAGGAGGAGCCACUGCCAAGAUUAUCACCAUUUGAACUAGUGUUGCUUUUUUACUUGAAGUCGCUGGUGUACUCAGAAAAAUCAAUACAAGAGACGUUGGUGCACCAAGACACACGAUGUAAAUCAGUGAUUAUGGAGAGAAAGGCGUGGAGAGGAUUUCAGCAGGAGUUCCAAGUCCACAGUGUCAUGCUGAAGGAAACAGAGAGUGACCUCCACAAAACGACGAUAAAAGAGACAGAAGUCCAGAGUGGGGAAGGUCAAUCCCUGCCAAGCUUCCCGGAAGGCUUUUUCACCCAGGCAAAACAUGCAGAACGAGACCAAGAAGCAUCUUCGGGAACCCAGAAUUCUGAAGAGAAGAUCCACGAGCAAUCUGCAGAGCAUCCCCAAUAUGAGCCGCUCAUUUUUGCCAAGACUGAGGAAGAAGUGCCCGCAACAAAAGCAAACCAACAGAAUAUUGACUGUAUGCCAUAUAGACUUGUGCAAUAUCCUCUACAGCCAUUAGUCACUCCUCAAGAGCAACGUGCAAAAGGAACUGUAACAACAGUGACUUCACCAGUUUUAUCUGCAUCAGAGCAAACUAUCAAUAAAGGAGUCCCAGUACCUUCAUCUUCAAAAGAGGACACAAUGGAAUUGCCAUCUCUAUGUUUGCAAGCUCCAGAGGAAUCAAUCUCAGGAUCUACUCUAAAACAAGUCAGUUUGGUUGCUGAGUUAUGUACAAGCGGAAAGGACGUUGUCGAGCCAUUUUCUUCAGUUCCAGUCCAGAAACCAGGAUUUAAGAAAGAAGAGGAGGAUUCAUUUUUUGACACCAGUCUUGAGAAUGCAACAGAAUUCAUGACAGCCUUUUCGAAAAGUACAGUUGAAGAAUUUAUUUAUUCCAAAGACAUUAUUUCACUGCGAGGUAAUGCAAUCUCAUCUGCUGAGCAAAAAGAGUUCACUGAGAUCCUGUGUGAUAUAGAUGGAAUUGUCUUAGAGUUGGAAUCAUUCCAAGCUGUAAAACUGGACUUCCAAUACCUACGCAUGGGUACCGAUCACAUUUCAAGCUUAACUCCUAUAGAACACAUUUUGCGAAAGCAUCUUCCUUUUAGUCCACCCACUCUGGGUAUGAAGAAAUUCCUAAAGGUAUCAGUUGGACUUCCUAUGAUCAAUUCCAAUGGCUGGCAAGUGAUUCUGACCACUCUUCCAAAGUUACAACCACAGAAGUUCUCAGUCAAUGAUUUCAGAGAGAGGCAAAUUGGAUUCUUGGAUGCUUUUAAAAGUAGAUUUGAAAAGCUCCUAUCUUCACAGCCCAGUCAUGAACUACGCAGACCGACUUUACAAAAGAAUUUUAUUAGAGACAUGACACACUGGCGUUUGCUGCCUCGAGAUCGUGAAUUCAUUCUACAUCUUCUGGACUUUGCCUUGGAUCAGACACCACUGGAAGAUUCUUUGGAGAAAAUGUUGUUUACUUUUCAGUUUGGGCAGAGGGAGCCAAACCCAGAGCCUCUAGGGCGAUACUUCGAUGGAAUGUUUGUUAAAAAAAUGACUGUCCAUGUUGCAGCCACUGUUUCUGGGGAAAAGGCUGACACCAAUCUGCUUUGGUGCCGCCAAGGGAUAGAGAAGAUUAUCAGCAACAGGGGCAUUCUACGGUCAUCUCUCUCCAUCAGAGAAGCUGUAACAUAUCAAAGCAAUCUUGACAGUCAACCUGUGGGUGAGACCAUCCAUCUCAAAAAACUCAUUGCAGACCCAAGUAACAAGAUGAGGUUCAUCCAAUUUUACGCAGACCACCCACAUAUCGGGGUGUCCAUGCAGUCUCACCCAUGUAGUGGAUUAAUUGGGACAUGUGGUUUGCUACACCCACAAUCACUGAGACGCCUCUCCAAAAAUGCCAAGGAGUAUCAGCACAGGAUGGAAGAAAAUGCAAUAAAAAUGGCCCCAUACAUUGGAGCAAGGACAGAAGUGGUUCUUGCUCUGAGCCCAGGCAGUAUUCUGAGAUUUUUUGCAAACAGCCAUCCAGAUGAGUUGCUCAACCUGGAUGCACUUCAAGAGCUUUUGGCCGUCAAGCCUAUGUUAUUACCAAUUAAGGAAAGGAUUUCCACCACUUCUCAUACGUUCACAGAAUCCAUUAGACUUACUGUCUUGCACCUUCACACCAAGCUCCAGCAAGUGACAAUCCAGUACAGAGAGCAUGGGAGCCAUCAAGCAACUUGGAAAGCCUUCCAACUUGAAUGUGGGUAUGAAGUGCUCAUUUUUGGAAAGCUGCAUGGUUCAGCCAACAGAGAUGACAGCAUUGUUUUGGGACCUGGAGUUGGCUUGCCCUCAGACUGUCUCACUCACCAGAGAGGAUUUUUAUGCUUCAGCCCCAAUCUUGCUGCUGUGACCAAUGAGGAGUACAAUAAACCUCCUUCCCUUCAAUACUGGACUUCUUCCGAGAAGCAGAAGGGGCGCAUUUUGGCUUUUUUUGGCUUUUCAAACUGCCUGGAGGCAUCCUUACCUGAGAUUGGCAGGAAGGCAAUCUUCCUAUUAUUGCAAGAUUUGGUAAAUGAAAACCCCAGGCUGAAACGGUGGGAUGGGAGUGCUCUUCUUCUUGAACUUCAAAAGGCCUCAGCACCCUCAUUCUUUCCCCUUGUCGGUGCCAUCGCAAUCAAAGAAUUAUUGACAAAGCUGACCAAACGAUCUUCAUUUAGAUACCCAUAUGUGUUUGGGAGAGCUCUACAACUUAUCCAUGAUAAACAAUAUGACUUGGAACAGGUUCUCCUUGCAGGCUUCAGAGAGUUAAAACUGCAUUUUUUCCCUUCGGUAGAAUUCCUUGAGAAUAAAAGAAAGGCUACUUGGAUAAGUAAAAGAAUUGUCCAAGUGUAUGAUUCCUCUGAAGACCAGUUGUGUGAAACAGCUCAUGCAUGUCUGAUAACUGCCAAAAUCUAUCAGGAUCUUAAAGACAGGGAGAUGGUCUUUGAGUCAAAAAUCACAAAGAUCUCCCGUCACUUUGAAGUUCUACCCUGGGUCAUACCGGUACUCAGGAAACUGGAGGGCCAGCCACUUGAUGCCAGAAGGCGCUCUUGGGUGUUCAUUUAUGUCUCUGGUGUGGCACUCAUGAAAAACAAUUGGUACGUGGCCUUCCAGAGCCUUAGGAGCAUUGCAACCCAGUUAUCGACUCUCAUUCAGAAGCUCAUCGCACUGGAAAUAUUAUCUAAAGGUUUACUCUUGCAGUUUCGCCCUUUCAAAAUGCACAGCUUGCACAAUUCUAUCCCUACGAAACUAGACUUGCCAACGGGACCAGAGGUAUAUAAGCCAAAUGUUCCCCCAGGGGAUGGAGAGAGUGACUGGGAACCAGAAAACGAUGACCCAGGGACAGUAGAGGAGGAAGAGGAGCUCACUAUGGUGGUCCAUGCCCCAACAAUGCACAGACCCGCCAAUGUGAAAAGUCGGUGGCUGCCCCUGGAGAUGGAAUUCCUGUUCACUCUGCUCUGGAGGCAUUCCACGGAGAGAGAGAAAUACCAGGACAUGCUGCGUAUAUGGAGAGACAACGGUCUUCCCUCACGGACAUUCAACGCAUUCAAAAAGAAACUGGAAAGAGUGAGAUGUGACAUGGCUGGCACAGGAGUAACAACUAAGGUGCUCGAACCAGUGAAUGAAAGACUAAGUAGUGAGAAGUUUGGACUGAAAACAAAAAGAAAGGCUUCUGUCACAAGGCUGGGAAAAUACGACUUGGACUGCUUAGAGAUUGGUGGCUGGCUAAAUGAUCUAGUGAUAGAUCGUUACCUGGAACUGUUGUGUGAACGGUCAGAGAAGAACCAGCCAAAUUUACCCCUGGUGUUCAACAUGGGUGUCCAUUUCAUGCAAACCUACACACGUCAUGGCUAUGAUGCAGUAAAGACUUGGUUCCAAAACCACAAGGCGUGGCAGUGUGAGAUUAUAUUUUUCCCAUACUAUCAGUCCCAUCAUUGGACGCUCGCUGUUCUUGACCUCAAAUCUCAAACUUUAUCCCAUUUCAAUUCUCUUGGGAAAGGGAAAAAGGAAGCCUGCAAUGAGAUUAUUAGUUAUCUCACAGCAAGGCACAAGGACACAACCAUGGGCUCACGACAGCUUAUGCCUUUAGAUAUUGUUUUGAGCUGUCCUGACACAACCCCCCAGCAGAAGAACACAAGUGACUGUGGUGUUUUUGUGCUAUUCUUUGCCGAAGCGCUAUCUAGGCAAGCACCUUUACAGGAGCCUGUUUCACCUCUUCAGCUACGACAAAAAAUUAAACAACACUUAGCAGCCAAUGAGGUUCCCCUUGAGGGCUUAUGGUACUAGGGAGAUGCUGACUGGCCACAGACCCUUGAAUGGCACCCAGUAAAAAUGCCUCCUGUGGAUCUCAAGAAGCCUUGUGGUACCUCCAGCAAAUAUAUGUGGAAGGAUUUUUUGUAGCUGUGUGGCUGUGCACAGGAAAAGAACUCCAGCAAUGUACCGUUAAUGCAGUCCAUUUGGGAAAAAGAGUUUUUUGGUUUAAUUGUCUCCGUUGAGGGAGCCACCUUAUUCCAUUAUUUAUUGUUUAUGCAAGAUAUUUUUAUCCUCAUUUUUACAUGGAUCAAAAUUGUUAAGGCUACAGGAACCACUGAGUGUGUCUUUCCUAUAACAUUUUUUAAACCAUUGUUAGACACAAAAUGGAAGUUCCAGUGCUGAUCUGAGUAAAAGUUUCCAUUCAAUUCGAGCCGCAGUGCUUUACUUCUCUCUCAAAUUGGUGAGUUGCCGUGUCACAAGCCCAUCUGCAGGAAGGAGACUUUACGUGUCCUGUUGAGGCCUGAAGUAAUUUGCCUCACAACCAAGUUUCUGGUGGGCAGCCCUUUUGGUCUGCAUUAGAAUAGCAAGGUUUGUGCCCAUUAGCACCUUGAAGAUCAACAAGAUUUCCAGAGUCAAAGCUGGGAAGCUUAUACACGGGAAACCUUGUUGGCCUUUAAGAUGUAACCAGACCUGAAUCUUAUCCUUGACACUCUGCUGUGUGCACGAGGUCUUUACAGAUAUAUUCCUAAAGACCAUUUUCAUGCCUUACACUUCAAAAUAUCUUAUAGAGGCUGCCCCUCACUUUAAAUAAGUUUUAUUGCACCUCUACAACAAGUGCAUUUUUCUCACCAUACAGUACUCACAACUAUACGGUGAGGCAGGUCCAGAGGAGUUAGCCGUGUUAGCACGUAGUAGCAAAAUAGCAAAGAGUCCAGUAGCACCUUUAAGACGAACCAACUUGAUUGUAGUAUAAGCUUUUGAGAGCCACAGUUCUCUUUGUUGAGUAAACUUUUGUUGAGUAAAAAUCUGACGAGCUGUCCAACCUAUCAGGCAUCACUUGUAGCUUGGCUCUAAGCUCCCCCCAUCCUAGACAUGCAGCGUGGGGUCCUACGGGUUUCCUGGUAUGGGAGGCAUCCUGCCCCUGCAUCCCGCCUCCCUAGCCCAGUUCAUUUUCCUUGGGCGGCUCCUAACCCCUUCUUGCUUUCCUUUGCAGAGAUCCAAGGAAGAGGAGCUCCAGGAGCUUUUAGCCUCAUGCUCCCAAUUUGAGCAAUUCCUGUUUUUCACCCUUCGGGAUCAGGUGUCUAAA